CCGCGUUUAUGUGAAUAUAAUAAUUGGCAAAUAAGAAUUUGAAAUAAAAUAAUUGUGCCGAAAGCAGCCCAACGAUGAACGAUCUAUGAUUUGUUUUGCUGUAAAGAAAAGCCAACAACAAAACAACAUAGCCCACUCUUCCUCUUCUUCUUCUUCGCUCACUCUCUCUCUCUCGUAUAGUCAACCAUUUUCUUCUCUUUCCAAUUCUAGCUCCGUAAGCGAUCUGUUUGCUCGUACCUGGUGAGUGACUUUACCCAGCCACAGAUUUCGAAACCAACCUGGAGAAAUAAAGAUGAUCAGUGAUCGGUCGGACUUCAGAGUUCAGACACGGAGAUUAUUUGUCGUAAUGAUCAGAGCGUUCUACAGAUGGAUCUGCAAUCAUCCCUUUCUCCUGGGCUUUGUUGGGUUUUUGUACUUUCUGCAUCGAACUUGCCCUCUUUUGUUUUCUCCGUUGGUGGCUGCAUCUCCUGUUUUGGUUUGCACUUUCGUUUUGCUUGGAACAAUUCUGAGCUUCGGAGAACCAAACAUCCCUGAGAUCGAGAAAGAACCGGAGACUGUCCACGAGGCUGCUCUUUUCAGAACUGAGGUUUCGAGGGAUGCUACUGUUGUUGAGAGAGGCGAUCAGAGUUUUACGGUAGAAAGUUUCGUGAGCACUGAGAAAGAUGCACUUGGGGAUGAAAAUGAUGAUGCUGAUAGAUUAAGGGAAAACCAACUGAGUGAGGUUGAGGACGAUGUUCGACCGUUUGAUUACAGGCCUUUGGUUGAUGAGACUCUUGAUGAGGUCAGACGGGAUACUCAGGUGAGGUUUGAGGAGAAAGCAUAUAUUUUGGAGGUGGAGAAGAGGGGAGAUGAUGAGAAAUUGCUUGAAAAUAGUGGGAAGCAAGUUUCGGGUGUGUCUUUAGAUGAAAUGAUGGACGAUUCAAAGGAAGAUCAGGUGGAUGUGUCUCCAGUUUCACCUUGGAGAUCGAUGAGGCAUGAUGAGGACGAGGAUGAUGAUGCCGACCGUGAUGACUCACUGGAUUCUGGGUCUGAUGGUGCGGAAAGUUCUUCACCUGAUCCUUCUAUGACAGAUAUCAUCCCGAUGCUUGAUGAGCUUCACCCUCUUUUACACUCAGGCGGUGCAGAUCAUGGUAUUGCAGAUGGUGAAGGAUCAGAUGCAGCUUCAGAGGGGCCUCAUAUGAGUAGUAGUGAUGAAGGAAUGGAGUCGGAUGUUGACAGUGAAAGUCAUGGAGAAGAGGGUGACAACGAGAACGAAGAGGAGGACGAGGAUGAAGAAGAGGAAGAGGAAAAGAAAGAAGAGAAGGAUGAUGAGAAUAAAUCAGCAAUCAAAUGGACAGAGGCUGACCAAAAAAAUGUCAUGGAUCUAGGGAGUCUCGAGCUUGAAAGAAACCAGCGGCUUGAGAAUCUUAUUGCUAGGAGAAGGGCUCGCCACAACAUGAGAUUGAUGGCAGAGAGAAAUCUGAUUGAUUUUGACAGUGCUGAUAUUCCUUUUAAUAUGCCGCCAAUCUCAACUGCAAGGCAGAAUCCAUUUGAUCAUUCUUAUGAUCCUUAUGAUGAUAUGGGAUUACCACCUAUCCCUGGCUCUGCUCCGUCAAUUAUGUUAGCGAGGAGAAACCCAUUUGAUCUUCCAUAUGAGCCAAAUGAAGAAAAGCCAGACCUCAAGGGUGACAGUUUUGAGGAAGAGUUCUCUUCUCAACAACCAAAAGAUGCAGUGUUCAGAAGACAUGAGAGUUUUAGUGUAGGUCCAUCAAUGCUUGGAGGUCCUAGACAUGAUAGACUACGACCUUUCUUUGUGUUAGAAAGAUUAGCGAAUGAGGGAACGAGCUAUUAUCCAUUUGAAAGGCAGCUUAGCGAAGUUAGUGAAUCAAAGGUUAGUUCCGUUCCUGAUACUGAAUCCGUGUGCACAAUCUUGGAAGAUGAUGAAAAGAAGGCAGAUGACAUCCCCAAAAUUGAUAUAGCGUCUGACCAUGAUGAAGAAAAAAUCCAUUCAGUUUCUGACCGUGAUGAAGAGAAAAACGAUUCGGCUUCUGACCAUGAUGAAGAAAAAAGUCAUUCAUCAAAAAAUUCCGAUUUUGAUGAGCAAGCUGAUAGCAGAAAUCUUCAUCAUGAUGUGGCUGAGAUAAUACUAGGAAGUGGAGAAACACACCAUGAGCAAUUAAACAUGAGUGAAGGAGAAACUUCUGAUAAAACUGAACAUGAUGAAGAGGAUUCCAGUGAUAGUGAUUCAUCGUUAUCAGAGAUUGAAGAAGAGGUACCAGAUAUUAGUGAGAAUGAGGAAAUGUUGAAUUCAGAACGAGAAGUUGAUCUUCAUGAAGAAUCAAGUAUUUCUUCCCAGCCUUCUUUUGGAGGAUUAGAAUUCCAUGUGGCAAGAGGGGUGGAGGAGGAUUAUCGCCAUGAUGAAGCGCCUGCUGAGGAGUCUUUCAUUACUGCGCACCCUUCGCUGGACGAGUCAGCAAUUCAUGAUCUUUGUGGUUUGGUGAACGAACACCACGAAGAACCUGUUUAUGAUUCGAGUCCUCCCUCAGGUAGUAGAUUCCCAUCGUUUUCUUCCGUAUCGUCUGAUUACAAACCAGACCUACCUGGAAAGAAUGGAGAAGAAGUACAAGAAAAUGCAGAAAGCAGAGAUCCGACGGAAAUUUGUUCCACUUCUGAUGUGACGGAAACAAGUACAAAGGAAGUCGGAGAGACUAGCACGCAUGUUACAGGAGAGGCAAGCUUUCUCACUGCAGAUGCUGGAAUUGAUGGUCAAAAUAACUCAACUGUUCUAGGGUCUGAAUUUGAGGAUGCCUUACUUGAUCCAUCUUCUAAGCCUUUGGAUAAAAAGGAGAAUGUUGAUCACCAGGAAGAUAACCCUUUGUCUAGUCAAGAGGACCUGGAAAAUCUGCAUGAAGACGUGAAAGAGGCCGUAGAUACCAGAGCGCUAGAUGUUAGUGCAUCUUUGGUGGACGUUGUUUCUCCUUUAGAAGAUGAAUCAGUAUCGAUAGGGAUAGUUGAAAAACAUCUCCCAGUUGAGCAUACAAGUUCACCUUUGGGAUAUGUUAACACGAGGGAUCAUGUCACAACACUGGAAGAAUCUCCUGAUGUGGUACAUGACAUAGCUGAGACUUCAAUAAACAGGUCAAUAAUGCACGAUGAAGAGGAAGCCCAGGAACAAAAAGAGGAAGCCAGUCCUGAAACAUUUAAUGCCGACAUCCCAAUAGACAGUUACUCCACUUUGUCUUCUGGAGCAGUUGAGUAUGUUGAGACGCAUUCAUUUAAUGAUGAAGAUGUUCCACAGUCGGUACAAGAUCCAGUUCAGUCAUCAAUUUCUGAUGCCAAGGAAGAAACUCACCUUAAUCAAACUAUGGAUAUCGAAGUAGAUUCUGUAAAUGCUAGUGUCCAGAAUGUGAGAUCAGAAGAAACGACUCCAUCUGAAUCAGAUAGAGAACUGACCUGGUCAGAUAAAUCUGUGGUAGAACAGUCAUCUCUUCAACCUGGUGAAGAUCAAGUACCAGCUCGUGCAGCUCCUGUGAGUGUGGUCUUUUCCCGCAACAUCACUUUCCACGAAUAUCAUGAUGCUCCUGAGGAUACAGCCGAGUUGUCUAGUUUGACGUCUGACACAUCGUCAUCUCCAGCAGAGUCUCCCGAGUACAAAACACCUAUGGUUGGUGAAGGCUCAAGGGCGGAGUUCUUCCAAGAGACUGUUUAUGACGAGUUUGACCAUGCGGUAGAGCGAUUAGAUCAUCUUACGGAUUUACAUGCAAUAUCUCAAAGUCUUCCUGAAGUUAUCACUGAAGAGGCAGACGAGAUAAAAGAGAUUGAUGAAGGAUUGUUGUCCGAACUUGACACGAUUGGAGACUUCAGUGUUAAGGAAGUUAUGACAGAUUCUGAACCUGGGCAAUCUUUAGUAGGAUCAGACACUGCCAAUGAAGUGGAAGUCAUCUCUGAAAGAGUGGUGGGUCCCACAGAAGCCAUUGGUUCUAGUAAUGUGACACUAAGCGAUGAAGUUGUGGCUGAGGAAGCAAAAGUUGAGAACGCAAGCAACGUUGAUGCUAAUGUCCAGAGUCCCGAGACCAAAGAAACUCCCGAGAAUGCAGGGGAAAAUGCAAACUCUAGUAAUGUGACACUAAGUGUUGAAGUUCUGACUGAGGAAGCAAAAGUUGAGAAUGCAAGCAACGCUGAUGCUAAUGUCCAGUGUCGCGAGACCAAAGAAACAACAGAGAAUUCAGGGGAGAAUGCAAACUCUAGUAAUGUGACACUAAGCGAUGAAGUUGUGACUGAGGAAGCAAAAGUUGAGAACGCAAGCAACGCUGAUGCUUAUGUCCAGAGUCCCGAGACCAAAGAAACUCCAGAGAAUUCAGGGGAGAAUGCAAACUCUAGUAAUGUGACACUAAGUGUUGAAGUUGUGACUGAGGAAGCAAAAGUUGAGAAUGCAAGCAACGCUGAUGCUAAUGUCCAGAGUCGCGAGACCAAAGAAACUCCAGGGAGUUCAGGGGAAAGCAUUGCUGAGCAAAAAGGAAAGACAGAGAAGAAGAAGGGUGAAUCUAAUUCUUCAAGCUCGAGCUCAAGCUCAAGUUCUAGCUCGAGUGACUCAGAUUGAAAAAUCCAAGGAUAAUACAUCUCAGCGUAAGUAAAUAUAUGUUUGUUACGCGGUAAUGAUAAGCACUUCUGGGUUUUGUUUUUUUAAUAUCGGACUGUGUGCUCUGUUUUAAAAAGGGGCAAGAAGAAACCGUUAAUCAUUUUUUGUAGAGUUUUCUCUUUUUUUUUCCUGGUUUUUGUGUGUUUGUGGUUAUGUUCUCCUCUUUCAGCUUUCAUAUUUAUUGAUUUGUGUCUCUUGAAACUGUUUUGAGUUUUUUUAAAGGUUUUGGUUUGUCACUUUAAAUAUUCUUUUUUGGAUUUGUUCUUAAAUUAUUGUGUAUAGAACCUGAGAAUUGAGAAAAAGUGUAUUGCAGUUUGGAUUUUUCUUUGAACAUUGUGAAUUAGAGUUGUUCUAUCAUUUUUUCUCAUCCUUUUUUCAUCUAAUCGGGUAAGGGAUUUGGUUCGGAAUUUAUAGGAAUUAGUGUUGAUUCAAUUCAACUCUAGCUAGGUAAGCAUUGUGAUUUACAGGAAUUGACUCUCUCUAUCUAAGACAGUUAUUACCGUUAAAAUUAACAAGCUCUGUGGCUUUCAUUUUCAACUUUUAUUCUCUUAUUUAUCAUGAAGCGGCC